AUGGGAUAUCUCACUAUAACGCUAGUUGGAGUCAUUAUCCUCUAUGCGCUUUUGAAGUGCUUGACGAUUUUGAAAACGGUGCCCGAUGAAUAUUUGCAACAGCAGUCGUAUGUGGACGCCACGAGACUACCGAAUGAAUCGGCGAUACACAAGUCGAUCAAGAAGCCCAUGCUUCGAGUGGGGCUCGAUAUAAGGUACGAUCAGUACAAAUUGCGGCUGGGCAAUUUGCAAGACGUGUGGAGCAUCGUGAUUAAUAGUUUGCACCUGGAUCAAAACAAGGGGAUCGCGAUUGAUGGUGACAAGAUGGUGACUUUUGGCUACAUCAACUACUGCAUCCGCGAGUGGAAGAGGCGCCAAGCUGCUGACCCAGUCACGGCGAUAAAUAUCCCGGUUGACCACAAGGUGGAUGCAAGAUUUGUAGUUGCCGUGUUGAUUGGAUUCGUGUUGCAAAUCCCCGUCCAGUUGUACCAGGGCCGCAAAAACCCGGUUCUGACCGCACGCGACGAAGUGGACUUGACCGAGAUGGAUCUACCUGGUGGUGGCAACGACUUUGUUUUUGAAAACGUGUAUUCUCCAGCUAAGGACAAAGGGAUCGCGUUGCGGUUCGUGAAACAAGUGCGGCCAGGCAUCGAUGUGCUCGUCGAGUAUACCCAGUUGAACAUCAUCAGCGCCGUGGCGUCUUCCAUUAAGCACCUCCCCUAUAAUUUCGACGCCUCGCGCAAAUCAAUCACCAUCGUGCCUCACUCCUCCAUUGAAGGCACCAUGGAUUUGCUCGUUAAACUACUCAUGGCCUUUGUGGUCGAUAUGAAUGUCCACAUUAACUACGAUCCCGAUUUCUCUACCGAUAUAACCUCGUUGCCCGACUCGGCCAUCUACCGCCAACACCAACAACAACUUCACAAUUCUUCAAAUUGGUUGAGGUUGAGGUUGAGGUUGAGACAAGUCGCAUAUAACCACGGCAUAUUCAAAUCGGCCAAGCUCAUUUACGUCCAGUCUCAACUAAGCAAACCGGGCUUGACUUCACAACAACGAAACCAGCUAGCGGUCCUGCACGACUCGCACGUGAUUCAAGAAUACCAGCUUUUCAACGUGAUGGGCCCCGUGCUACUAACGGACAUGUUCGAGCAUAGAACCUACGGUGCUCAUUUCGGCCAGAUUGCCCAGUCGUUGGAGAUGAAGUUGGUGAAUGUCGACACUGGAUCGGGAGGCGUGGGCAAUGUGAUGAUUCGAGGAUAUACGAUUGGGAAGUCGACCCAUUACAUUAAUGGCGAAGUUGCGCCGCUGGAUCACGCGGGGCAGUACGAGAAGAAGGAUGAUGGGUUUAUGCCUUUGCCUUCGGGGAUAAGGGGCAAGUUUGGCACGGAUGGAUGUUUGUAUCUAUCGUGA